GACGGCAGCGCCCGGCGCCGUAAGGGUAAGCUGUUGGACAACUCGGCGUACCUGCAGUUCAUGUGGAAGGCCGAUGUGGUCGAGUCGUGGAUCGCCGACAAGGAGGUACAGGUGCGCAGCGAUGACUACGGCCGCGACCUCUCAUCCGUGUCCACUCUGCUCACGUGGUUCGACAGUCCAGUCACACAUCCUCUGGGCAUAUUUCUGGACACGUAUAGCAAACAAGAGACGUUCGACGCGGGGUUGGCUGCCUUCGAACAGGAAGGCAUACAAAGCAUAACCCAAUUGCGCGAUCAGUUGGUCGCCUCCAACCACAACCAAAACACGGCGAUCAACGGCCGCCACGACGACGUGAUGGCGCGCUGGCACAACCUGUUGGGCGCCUCCGAGGCCCGGAAGCAGCGUCUCCUCAAAAUGCAGGACCAGUUCAAGCAAAUCGAGGACCUGUUCCUCACGUUCGCGAAGAAGGCGUCGGCGUUCAACUCGUGGUUCGAG